AUGAGUGUGGUUGACAUUGACAAGUGUGGUAAGAUGGGCACAUCCUACAGAGAAGGUGGUGGAGGAGAAAGGGUCUGGAAUUGGCACUGGGGGAAGCUCAAAAGAAACAUGAUGGCCUGGACUUCGGAGAAGAAAAAAGUCCAUUUAGUUGAGUCCAAGCAGAGGUGUCGUGAAAGGGCUGCACUUCCUGUAAGGCGGACCAGCUGCAUUUUUGAGAGGCCGGUCACAAGGAUAACUUCUCAUCCUGGCAGUGGGACCAGGUGCAAUCAAUGGGACAAAACCUUGGAGAAGCCCCAGCAAAUCUGUGCAUACAGGAGACUGCAGGGCCUCCAGGCCUGCAGCAGCGAUGGGGAGAUGUUAAGUACUUUGGACUUUACAAGUACCUUACAGGUAGUUGCGCUGGGUGGUGUGGGUGGUGCUGGGUCUCUACCUGGCAGACCUGAGUUCUGCACAGCGCCAUCUUCAGGUUGGGCAGGGACGGUCCCCGGGGUGGGUUUCUGUCCCCCACCACUCGUCUACAGACAACCGGUAACACUCGGAGAUAUCUGGAGACAGACUCAGAAAGUGAGAAAAGCAAGAGACAGGCUGGCUGAGGCCUUGGGGGCAGACAGGCUUGCCAGGGAGGCAGAGAGAGCCAGAAGCCAAGAGGGAUGUUCUGACAACUAG